GACCCGGAGAGGAACAAUAGUAAGAAGAACAGUGAGUUGGCUUUAGGAAAAGGAAGGAUGGAUCUCAGGUCAAGAAGAAGAGGAAAAGAAGCUGAAGGUGUAAAAUCUCAAAACAUGGACAGGAUAAUAGAACCAAGUGACUGUUUAAAUGCAACUGAAAAGCUAAUCUACAGAUGGGUCAUGCAAAAAGAUGCAAAGAAAAAGGAUGAGAUCAUUUUCAAGUUCAAAGAUUUGACUAUAAUGCGUGCUGACAUGCUUACACUGGGUGAUAAAGAGCACAUGUCCAUGAAGGUACUUGAUGCAUGGACGGUAUACUUGAAUAGUAAUGAGAAGUUACGAAGUAAAGACUCCCCAUGUAG